GGCCGGGCGGGGCCGCACCGCCCCUCGGCUCCAGGCGCGGGGAGGGCCGGGCAGCGGCGGGCGGAGCGUCCCGGGAGCGGUGGCGCGGACAGCCCUGUCAGCCCCGGCCCUUCUCCCUCGCGGCUCCCCCUGCGGCCCUGCCGGUUCUCCCGGCGCCAUGUGCGAGCCCAGCAAGCAGGACAUCGCCGCCAUCUUCAAGCGGCUCCGCUCCGUGCCCACCAACAAGGUGUGUUUUGACUGUGGAGCAAAGAACCCCAGCUGGGCAAGCAUCACCUAUGGAGUGUUUCUAUGUAUCGAUUGCUCAGGGACCCACCGGUCCCUUGGAGUUCACUUGAGUUUCAUUCGGUCAACAGAAUUGGAUUCCAAUUGGUCCUGGUUCCAGCUGAGAUGCAUGCAGGUUGGAGGAAAUGCAAAUGCUUCUGCUUUUUUCCACCAACAUGGGUGCACAACCAAUGACAGCAAUGCCAAGUACAACAGUCGUGCUGCUCAGCUCUACAAGGAGAAGAUCAAAUCUCUUGCAACACAGGCCACGAGAAAGCAUGGGACUGAUCUGUGGACAGAUGGGUGUGGAAUGGCACCAGCAUCACCUCAGAACAAAGAGGAGGAAGAUUUUUUUGCAUCCCAUGUUUCUACCAAGGCAAAGGAUACAGAGUGGAUGUUACCAGAACCAGUUUCUCUCCAGCCGAAAACUUCAGAAAACAUUCCAGAAUCCUGUGAAGGAUCGCAACAUGGACCAAGUGUUGAUGGCCUUAGCACAUCCCCACAGCCUGCAUUAGAGAACACCACCUUCAUAAAAAAGAAGCCAAAUCAAGUUAAGAAGGGGUUUGGUGCCAAAAAAGGUGGUUUGGGAGCCCAAAAAGUGAGCAGCCAAAGCUUUAAUGAGAUUGAAAAACAAGCACAAGCUGUAAACAAAAUGAAGGAACAAGAGGAUCUUCACAGUAGUAAGAAAACUGAGAAGGAAGAGCCACUUGUAUCAUCUUUAAGGUUGGCCUACAGAGAUCUUGAUAUUAAAGCAAGAGAAGAAACCUUAAACCUCUCUGGUAAGAAGAAAACAGAACUGGAGAGGCUUGGCAUGGGAUUGGGCAGCAACAGGAGUGGCAUUUCUCACUCAGUGGCCUCAGAGAUGCAGACAAUAGAGCAGGAAACACCUACAAUUGCAAAGCCAAAGAAGAAGUACAUGGAUGAUGCGGAAGACUCUUACUUCUCUUCUAGCUCGAGGUACUCUGAUUCUUCAGAUCUGAGGAGCAGCACUUUCUCUAAAUGGGAUGACAAUUCAGAUGCUUUUUGGAAGAAAGAAAGUAAUAGUAAAGACACUGAUAUAUUGUUAACUUCAAAAAGCACAGGAUUUUCAGACAGGCCUGCAUCCCGGCGUAAGCCUGAAUAUGAACCUUCUGCAAACACAGAUGAGGCACAGAAAAAAUUUGGCAAUGUCAAAGCCAUUUCAUCAGACAUGUACUUUGGAAGGCAAGAUCAGGCUGAUUAUGAAGCAAGGGCUCGGCUAGAAAGGCUUUCUGGAAGCACAUCCAUAAGUUCAGCUGACUUGUUUGAAGACCAGAGAAAACAAUCAACAGGAAGCUACAAUAUUACCAAUGUCUUGUCUUCAGCUCCUGAUAUGGCUCAGUUUAAACAAGGAGUGAAAUCCGUGGCUGGAAAACUUUCUGUCCUUGCUAAUGGAGUCAUGACAUCUAUACAGGAUCGAUAUGGUUCCUAAAUGAAGCUAAAGAAGGAUUCCUCUUCAGGCACACAAGUAAUCACUCUGCUGAUUCAAAUGAAGGUUGCCUUAAGACUGAUGAUGUUUUUUACCUGUUUCUUAGUGCAGAUUUCUGACUCAGCCUUUUCUUUGUGCUGUUUCAUCUUAACGAAGCAGAAAUCUUGCACCAACUUGUUACAUUGCAUAUACUACUUCUUUUUUCUUCCUUUCCAGUCUUUAUUUCUUAACAGCCUUAUUGUUAGAUAAGGUGGGAGCUUUGUUUUAUUACUGGCUCUGUCUGUGAGGCAGGAAGGAGAAAGGAGGUGGUGGUGUUUAGUAGACUGUAGCAAAAUAUGCAUUUAAAUUAAACCUGUGUUGCCAGGAAGUGAAAGCUCUUGAAGUCAUAAAUUGGUGUGCAUUAAAAUGGUGAGGAAUUAGUGGUUUAAAACAGUAUUCCAGCUAGAAGGUUCUGUGCUUAGAUGUGAAAUGUGGAGAAGUCAAAAUGUGGUAAUGCUAAAUAGUGGAUUUCACCUUGUUGUGGGAACAGUCUAUUUAUUCCUAAUUUUGAAAGUUAAAAAAAAAUUGCAAUAUAGAAUCCUUAAGUGCUUUUAAAAAUUUUAAAAAUUGAAAAAAAAAAUUGAAAAAAAAAAAACCCUUGAAAUAUACUAAGGGCCUAAUAGAGUAGUUAAUUAAAUACUUGUUAAAAAUGUUUAGCACAAUCUUAGAUUUUUGAUAAAUUAUCAAUUAUUGAAUAAGGAAAUAGUGGGGCUGUGUUUUAGACAGUCUAGAAUUUAUUGCUGAUGACUUCCUGCAUAAAAAUUAUUAUGACCUUAAAGAAAAAACAUUUCAACGAAGAAUGAAUUCAAGUUAAUUCUGUUCUGUAAUUUUCUUAAUUCAAAUUUGUAAACUGCUGAUAUCUAAUAAAAACAAUUGAUAUAAACUCAGUUUUGAAUUCAAUUUCUUUGUGUGGUAUCAGCAUCCAGCUUUCUAAACACUGUCAUCUGUAUUUUGUCUAUACAGUGGUCUGGUAAAAUCAGCCUUUAGUUUCAGGUAGUCAAACUUGCUUUCUUAUUAAAUUGCAGUAGUGAUUUAGAAAUCUAAACACUGAAGGUGGGGUAGAAAAUAAACUACUGAACUGAGAUACUGUGUUAAAUACAGUUAACAGUGUAGCUGUAUUUGGGAUUUCAUUUCUGCCUGCCUCUUAUCUAAUUCGCACUUCUGAUAACCUGUUCUUGUGGUUGUUUGGUUUAGAUUUAUUGAUCAAAUUUAUUAAUCAAAAAAUUACUUUUAUUUUUUAAGAGAGUUCCAAGAUGAGCAUUUGUUCUGCCUAAUGAUACAGCUUUGCAAUAAAAGAUUGUUUUCCCACUUCUCCUA